AUGAAGACGAGCUCUCAGAUCCGCCUGCUGUUGUGGAAGAACUGGACUCUCCGCAAGAGACAGAAGAUCCGCUUCCUGGUGGAGAUCUGCUGGCCGGUGUUGUUAUUCAUCGGUCUGGUGUGGCUGAGGAAAGCAAAUCCACUGUACCAGCAACAUGAAUGUCACUUCCCCAACAAGGCCAUGCCCUCGGCCGGGAUCCUGCCCUGGAUGCAGGGCAUCUUCUGCAACGUCAACAACCCCUGCUUCAGAUACCCGACCAGGGGAGAGGCUCCGGGAGUCGUCUCCAACUACAACAACUCAGUACUGGCCCGGUUCUAUGUCGACGUCCAGGAGCUUCUGCUCAACGAGGACGAGGUCCAGCAGGUCGGACGACUGUGGAGAGAGAUGUCAUCGUUCUCAAACUUCAUGGACACGUUACGGAGAAACCCAUCGGCGGUUUCAGGCCGUGGGCUCAAGGUCGAAGACAUUCUGAAGGACGACGAGGUUCUCACGGCCUUUCUGCUGCGAGACGCCGGCCUCUCCAACUCCGUCGUCCACCAGCUGGUCAAUGGACAGCUGCGACUGGAGCAGUUUUCCUCCGGCGUCCCCGACCUGCAGCUGAAGGACAUUGCGUGCAGCCAGGCGUUGCUGGAGCACUUCUUCAUCUUCCCCACUCGCAUGGGACUCCACGUGGUCCGAAACGCCAUGUGUGCCCUGAGCCAGCAGCGGCUGCAGAAGAUCGAGGACAUCCUCUACGCCAACCUGGACUUCUUCAAGAUCUUCAAACGGAUGCCUCAGGUUCUGGACCACAGCUCCCAGGGGGUCGACCUGCACUUUUGGGGUCAGGCCCUCAAGGCGCUGUCGGAGAAGGUCCAACUGCUGAUGGAGCGGCCCAGUUCUCAGGAUCUCCUGAAGGCCGUCUCCUCUCUGUUCGGAGCGGGGGGGCCUCCCUCCCUCACCCAGCUGGUGUCCAGCGUGUCGGGUCUCUUCUGUGGGUACCCGGAGGGAGGCGGCUCCAGGGUCCUAUCCUUCAACUGGUACGAGGACAACAACUACAAAGUGUUCCUGGGGGUCAACGGCACCAAGAACCGGGACUAUGUCUACGACUCGUCUGCCACUCCGUUCUGCAACGCCCUCAUGGAGAGCCUGGAGUCCAACCCUGUCACCAAAAUUGUGUGGAAUUCCGUCAAGCCCCUGCUGAUGGGAAAGAUCCUGUACAGCCCGGACUCCCCUGCCGUCCACAAGAUAUUAAAGAGUGCCAACACGACCUUCGAGGAGCUGGAGCGGCUCCAGAACAUGGCCAAGGCCUGGGAGGAGCUGGGACCUCAGCUCUGGGCUUUCUUCCACAGCAGCGUCCAGAUGAACAUGAUCAGGGACACCCUGAGAAACCCGACCGUGAUGGACUUUGUGGACUCCAGCCUGGAGGACACGGACUUCACCACCAAAGACAUCCUGAACUUCCUGUACAACGGACCCGAGGAGCAGCGGGAGGCGAGGAGUCCCAACUUCGACUGGAGGAACAUUUUUAACAUCACCGACCAGAUGAUCCGCAUGUUCAACAACUACGGAGAGUGCAUCACUCUGGAUAAGUUUGUGGCCUUCACAGACGAGUCCCAGAUGAUCCACCAGGCCUUGUACCUGCUGGAGGAGAACAAGUUCUGGGCGGGCCUGGUCUUCAUGGACAUGUACCCCUGGACCACAAGCGUCCCGCCACACGUCAAGUUCAAGAUCCGCAUGGACAUCGACGCAGUGGAGCGCACCAACAAAAUCAAAGACAGGUACUGGGACCCCGGGCCCCGGGCAGACCCCAUGGAGGACCAGAGGUACAUCUGGGGGGGCUUUGCUUACCUGCAGGACAUGAUCGAGCACGGCGUCAUCAAGCUGCACACGGGCAGAGACUGGCCGCUCGGGCUCUACGUCCAGCAGAUGCCUUAUCCCUGUUACGUGGAUGAUCUGUUCAUGAUCACACUGAACCGCUGCUUCCCGAUGUUCAUGGUGCUGGCCUGGAUCUACUCGGUGUCCAUGACGGUGAAGAGCAUCGUGCUGGAGAAGGAGCUGCGCCUCAAGGAGACCCUCAAGGCCAUGGGGGUCGACAGCGGCGCCAUCUGGUACACGUGGUUCAUCGACAGCUUCGUCAUGAUGACGGCGAGCACGGCGCUGCUCACCGCCAUCAUCAUGGGAGGGAAGGUGCUGAACUACAGCAACCCUGUCCUCGUCUUCUUCUUCCUGCUGACCUUCACCGUCACCACCAUCAUGCAGUGCUUCCUGAUGAGCGUGUUCUUCAACAAGGCCAACAUGGCGGCGGCGUGCAGCGGCAUCAUCUACUUCACCCUCUACCUGCCCCACGUCCUGUGCUUCGCCUGGCAGGACCGCAUCACCACCAACAUGAAGCUGGCUGCUAGCUUGUUGUCCCCGGUGGCGUUCGGCUUCGGGACAGAGUACCUGUCUCGGUACGAGGAGCAGGGUCUGGGUCUGCAGUGGGACAACAUCCGGACCAGCCCGUUAGAGAAGGACAGCUACUCCUUCCUCACCUCCGUCCUCAUGAUGGCGCUGGAUGCCGUCCUCUACGCUGUCCUGGCCUGGUACCUGGACAAUGUCUUCCCAGGACAGUACGGCAUCGGUCAGAAAUUCUACUUCCCAUUUCAGCCCUCGUACUGGCAGAGAUCUGCACCUUCUCAUUCAAAGAUGGAUGAUCCAGAACCUGAGAACCCUGAAGCAGACAACUUGGAGAACGACCUCGAGAGCAGCGGCUCCCACGAGUCUUUCACCUGCAACGGCUCCAGCAGGAGAACGUGUAAGCACCAAGGCAAGAGGGAGCGACUGGAGAGAGAGAAGGAGCUGCUGAGGAAACAGCAGGAAACUCCCAAUCAGGAGGAGGAGGCUCAGGACCCCGGGAGGGAAGGCCAGUUGUUCUUUGAGGCCGACCCCGUGGGCCUGGUGUUGGGUGUGCAGAUCCAGGACUUGGUGAAGGUGUUCGCCGGAAGCUCUCGACCCGCGGUCAACUGUCUCAACAUCAAUUUCUACGAAGGCCAGAUCACGUCCUUCCUCGGUCACAACGGGGCCGGAAAAACCACGACAAUGUCCAUCCUGACUGGGCUGUUCCCUCCUACAUCCGGCACUGCCUUCAUUAAUGGCAGAGACAUCAGGACGGACAUAGACGUCAUCCGUUCUUCGAUGGGCAUGUGUCCUCAACACAACAUCCUCUUCAAACAUCUCACGGUGGAGGAGCACAUCCUGUUCUACUCGCUGCUGAAGGGUCGGACUCAGGCGGAGGCAGAGAAGGAGGUCGAGGACAUGCUGGUGGAUCUGGGGCUUCCUCACAAGAGAGACGAUGAGGCUCAGAAACUUUCAGGAGGAAUGCAGAGGAAACUGUCCGUUGCCAUGGCAUUUGUCGGGGGGUCAAAGGUCGUCAUCCUGGAUGAACCCACCUCGGGAGUAGACCCAUAUUCCAGGAGGUCUAUUUGGGAUCUGCUGCUAAAAUACAGAGCUGGCCGGACGGUGAUUCUCUCGACCCACCACAUGGACGAGGCCGACCUGCUGAGCGACCGCAUCGGGAUCCUGUCCAAGGGCCAGCUGCACUGCUGCGGGUCGCCGCUCUUCCUCAAGAACUGCUUCGGGGUCGGCUUCUAUCUGACGCUGGUGCGACGCAUGAAGGAGCUGAGGAAGAAGGAGAACGACUGUGACUGCGCCUCCGACUGCUCCUGCUCCUGCUCCCUGUGCACCGGGUACAAGGACCAGUCUCAGUACCACUCCCAGCACCUGGACCGAGCUCUGGAUGGGGACGUAGAGAACAUCAGCGGGCUCAUCCACCACCACGUCCCAGAAGCCAAACUGAUUGAGAUGAUUGGACAGGAGCUCACCUACCUGCUCCCUAAUAAAGGAUUCAAGCACCGUGCGUACGCCAGUCUGUUCCGGGAGCUGGAGGAGACUCUGAAUGAUAUGGGCCUCAGCAGUUUUGGCAUCUCGGACACUUCAUUAGAGGAGAUAUUCAUAAAGGUCACCGCAGAUGGAGAAGCAGCGAAUAAUGCCAGCGCUCCUGAGCAGUGGAUGUUGAAGCGGAGACCAAACGAUUGUGGUCUAGAGGGAGACGAAGAACAAAAUGGCUUGAACGGCCCUAGUGCCUCAGACAGCAGCGCAGGAAAAGGCUCCCGGCAGGUGAAGGGAGCCGCUCUGACCAUGAAGCAGUUCCUUGCUCUGCUCGUGAAGAGGCUUCAUCACGCCAGCAGGAGCCAGAAAGACUUCCUGGCACAGAUCGUCUUUCCUGCCAGCUUCGUCCUGAUCGCUCUGAUCUUCACCACCGUCGUCCCUCCGUUUGGAGAGUACCCAAGUCUGACCCUCUCUCCCUGGAUGUACGGGGAACAGGUCAUCUUCUUCAGCAAUGAGCAGCCGUUGGACCCGGUAAUGAAACACUUCACCGAGCGUCUGUCACAACUGCCGGGCCUGGGGACACGCUGCAUGGAAGGAGAACCACUGGGAAUGCCUUGCAACAACAUCACAUCAGCGUGGGCGUUUCCCGGCGUCUCCCCCGAUGUCAGAAAUAUCUUAGAGAGUCCUGAGUGGAACCAGCGGAACCCGUCUCCGUCCUGCUUGUGCAGCUCCAGUAAGAAGCUGACCAUGAUGCCCAUCUGUCCCGAUGGCGCGGGAGGCCCCCCCCCUCGCCAGCGAACUGCCGCCACGGGCGACACCAUUCUGGAUCUGACAAGAAGGAACAUCUCCGACUACCUGGUUAAAACCUACCCCAAUCUAAUAAGAACCAGUUUGAAGAGCAAAUACUGGGUGAAUGAACAAAGGUACGGGGGUCUGUCAGUAGGAGGACAACUCCCCAUCCUGGACGUGGACCCCAGAGACAUCCAGACGGUUUUCCAUCAGAUCGGACAGAUUCUCAACAUCACAGGGGGUCACUACUCAGGACUUGCCCUGCGGGAGAUUGGUCCUUUCCUACGAUACAUGGAAAGUGAAUUUAAUGUGAAGGUCUGGUACAAUAACAAAGGCUGGCACGCCAUGGUGACUUUCAUGAACGUGGCCAAUAACGCCAUCCUGCGGGCCUUCCUCCCCCCCACGGCCGACCCAGUGAAGUUUGCAAUCACCGCCAUCAACCAUCCGCUGAACCUCACAAAGGAGCAGCUCUCUGAAGUCACCGUGUUGACCACCUCAGUGGACGCCGUGGUGGCGAUCUGUGUUAUUUUCGCCAUGUCCUUCAUCCCGGCCAGCUUCGUCCUCUACCUCAUCCAGGAGCGCGUCACCAAGGCCAAGCACCUGCAGUUUGUCAGCGGCGUGAGUCCGUUGGUUUACUGGGUGGCCAACUUCUUCUGGGACAUGAUUAAUUACUCUCUCAGCACGGCAUUGGUGAUCGGCAUUUUCAUGGCUUUCGACAAAAAGUGUUACACGUCACCGACCAACCUGCCGGCACUGAUCGCUCUGCUCCUGCUCUAUGGGUGGUCGGUGACGCCCAUGAUGUAUCCUCUCUCCUACAUAUUCAACAUCCCGAGCACCGCCUACGUCUCACUGUCCUGCAUCAACCUGUUCAUAGGCAUCAACAGCAGCGCCAUCACCUUCAUCCUGGAGCUGUUCGUAAACAAUCGGUCUUUGCUGUUGGUUAACGAGUGGCUGAAGAGAGUCCUGCUGGUGUUCCCUCACUUCUGCCUGGGCCGAGGACUGAUCGACAUGGCCAUGAACCAGGCCGUCACCGAUGUCUAUGCCAGGUUUGGCGAGGAGCACACACUCAACCCGUUCCGCUGGGACUUUCUGGGGAAGAACAUCACCUGCAUGGCAGUGGAAGGUUUUAUCUACUUCGCUCUCAACCUUCUUAUCCAGUACCGCUUCUUCCUGGAUCGCUGGUUCUCAGACUCCAAACAGGCGGCUGUGCGAGAUGAAGACGACGAUGUGGCAGCGGAGAGGCAGAGAGUUUAUGAAGGAGGGAGUAAGACAGACAUCCUGCACAUCAGAGACCUCUCUAAGACGUAUGUGGGCAGGAAGAGGGCAGCUGUGGACCGGAUUUGUGUGGGAGUCCCUGCAGGAGAGUGCUUCGGCCUCCUGGGAGUUAAUGGAGCCGGGAAGACGACGACCUUCAAAAUGCUGACGGGCGACACUGAUGUCAGCUCGGGGGAGGCGGCGGUGGUCGGUUACAGCAUCCUGUCAGAGAUCCUGGACGUGCACCAGAACAUGGGCUACUGUCCCCAGUUCGACGCCAUCGACGACCUGCUCACCGGCCGGGAGCAUCUGUACCUGUACGCUCGUCUCAGAGGGGUUCCCGAGUCCGAGAUCCCCCGAGUGGCGGAGUGGGGCGUGCAGAAGCUCGGCCUGACGGAGUACGCGGGCGCCUGUGCAGGAACGUACAGCGGCGGCAACAAGAGGAAACUCUCCACUGCCAUAGCGAUGAUCGGCUGCCCGGCUCUGGUGCUGCUGGACGAGCCCACCACGGGGAUGGACCCGCACUCCCGCCGCUUCCUGUGGAACGCCAUCAUGAGCGUGAUCCAGGAUGGCCGCGCCGUGGUGCUGACAUCACACAGUAUGGAGGAGUGUGAGGCGCUGUGCACUCGACUGGCCAUCAUGGUCAAUGGGACCUUCAAGUGUUUGGGAACCAUUCAGCAUCUCAAAUACAAGUUCGGUGACGGCUACAUAGUGACCAUGAAGAUCAAGGCAGCAAAAGCCGGCGUGUCCCCCGACCUGGAGCCGGUGGAGAGCUUCAUGGAGAGCAGCUUCCCCGGCUGCGUUCAGCGGGAGAAGCACUACAACACGCUGCAGUACGAGAUCGCUUCCUCCUCCCUCGCCAGGAUAUUCCAGGUGGUCGUGGCCAACAAGGAGCGGCUGAGCAUCGAAGAUUACUCCGUGUCUCAGACCACGCUGGACCAGGUGUUUGUGAACUUUGCCAAGCUGCAGACAGGAGAGGACGAGGACGUCACGUUACACCGACGGAUGGCGGGAGGAAGAAAAGACGUGAAGAUCGCGCCAGUGAAGAGGAAAACAUGA